AUGAAAUGGAAAAAAGGUCGUUUUUUUUGUCCGAGGGGGACUGCUUUUGAUGACUUGAGAGAAAAUGCACUAAGUACUGUUCGACAUGCUGAAUUUGGUAUUCCAACUUGUAAUUUUGGUUAUAAUGAAUCAGUUCAAAUUGGUAAACAUCUUGUACCUUUUCUUAAUAUGUAUAUGCCUCAUUUACAAACAUUACGUCUUUGGAGACCAGAUGAUUUUUCUUGGACAUCGAGUAAGUUUAUUUUUAAACAAAACAUAAUUAGUCAUAAUUAUCAAUUAGAAAGAGUUCCUGAAUAUUAUUUAAUAGAACUUUAUUAGUUAACUUAUAUUUUUAAAGUAUUCUAAAAUUCAACAGAUUGAAAAAGGCAGCAUUUUGUUAGAUUUAUGGAAACAAGCCUUUGUCGUUUUAAUGUCAAUUAUAAUAAUUUCUAUUAAAUCUAAGUUAACACAUGUUUGAUAAAAACUUAUCAGUGCAGUUGAUAAUCCAUUGAAAUAGAAAACUCAUUUGUCCUUCUCGUCUUUUGCACAAUAAUACAGUGGAAGCCAAUCGAAAUUUCCCCUUUUGUUUUUGUUACUAUUUGUUUUUUAAUCUACUAUAUGGGCAUGGCCAGUCAUGUGAUACCCCAUUUUGGGUGACACGACAGUUGAGCUCCCGACAAUUGAGCCCCGACAGUUGAGCCCCGACAAUUGAGCCCCCGACAGUUGAGCCUCCCGACAGUUGAGCCUCCCGACAGUUGA